AUGCUUCAACACAUGACUGAUGAACAAAAGUUUAAUUUGUCAGCAAAACUUAACCAAGAAAUUUUGGCUGGAGUUGUCGAUGGAAUUAUUCCUCUGGACACAGAAGGUGUUAUAGUGCUUCAGGAUACACUGGUUAUUCUUGGUUGCAAAGAGAUCAAACUGUCUUUGAUUGUCAACAAGACACCUGAUGAGAAUAUGGAUGAAGAGGACAUGGCUGCCGCUGUAAUUGCAACUGCAAAGAAAAAUCUAAUUACACAGGUGAUGAAAAAAAAUGUAAUUGAAAAUAUUGUGCCAAUUGUCACAUCACUGAAACAUCUUCUGGAAACUAAACGCUCACCUGUGCUGAAAGAACUGAUGCUUUAUCUCCGGGAAUUGGUAAAGGAUUUCAAGAAUGAAAUCAAAGAAAUCCUUAUCUCUGACAAACAGCUUGCCAAUGAAAUUGAAUUUGAUUUGCGCAAAUUUGAAGAACAGCAGAAACUUGAAGAACUCCAGCUGCAACGGCAACCAUCUCCCUUGCCUGACUUGAAUGUUAAUCGUAGAAUGAGCAUUUCUUGUGCUGUAGCUCCACCACCACCACCAGCCGUAACGGUAGAAACUGCAAACCAAUCCGACAAAUCUCCUGUCAAUCAGCUUGUCCCCAGCAUUGCCACAAUAUCGUUGUCAAAACAAGCCAUAUUGAACUCUGCCAAGAAAUCCCUUCAAAGAAUUCAAAUGGCUAGUAAUGAACGACGUUCUUCAUUGUCUGCAAAUGUUAAUAUGAGCCCUACAAAUUCAGGAGGGAGCCCACAUAACAGUCCAAAUAGAGACACAUCUCGCCAUGUGUCGAAAGAGAAUACAUCACCAGUAGACAGAGGCAUGUCUCGUGCUGUAAGUACACCAUUCCCAGAUCGAUGUAAGAAUAUCACAUUUGGUUCUGACCAGAAUAUUUCCCUGGUUCCACCAUCACCAAUUCAUCAGAACAAUGCAUCUUUAUGUGAUUUGUUUGAUUCAGACUCUAUCAAAACACCAUUAUUAAAUCAAAUUGCAAGUGAAGGUAACUCGGAUAUAAUCCAUUUGAAGUCACCAGACAGAAUCAAAGCACCACCGAAAAUUUGGAAAAUCACUCCAAAUAAAUGUAUACCCAAACCUGAGACUACAAAUGGAGUGGAUUCAGAAGAUCCAAAUGUGUCUGCAGGAAUUCGAAAAAUACGAGCAAUUCGCUUAAGUUAUAAAUAA